AGGACUCACCGGAAAUUGAAAGGGAGGGGCUGGGGCCGCUGGGAGCGCGGACGCGCCAGGGCGACGGACGCGGAAGUGCGGGAGUGCCGCCCGGUCUCGCGCCCUGCGUGGUUGCUUCUCCGCGGAGAUGCCCAGCCGAGGUGAGCGACCCGAGGACGGCGCUGGGCUCGUCCCUGCUGAGAGCUCGACCCUGCACAAGGAGGAGCUCAGCAGCAAGAUUAAAGAACAAAAAGUAGUUGUGGAUGAACUUUCUAACCUGAAGAAGAACAGGAAAGUAUAUAGGCAGCAACAGAACAGCAACAUAUUCUUUCUUGCAGAGCGAACAGAAAUGCUUUCUGAAAGCAAAAAUAUAUUGGAUGAGCUGAGGAAAGAAUAUCAAGAAAUAGAAAACUCAGAGAAAACCAAAAUCAAGAAAUAGCCAACUUGAUUUUACACAGCAAUGUGUGGCAUUUGUUGUGCAGUAAGCUUUUCUGCUGAGCAUUUUAGCAAAGAUUUGAAAGAGGAUUUACUGUGUAAUCUUAAACGACGGGGGCCCAAUAGUAGUAAACAGUUGUUAAGGUCCAGUGUUAACUACCAGUGUUUAUUCUCUGGCCAUGUCCUUCACUUAAGAGGUGUGCUGACUGCCCAGCCUGUGGAAGAUGAAAGAGGCAAUGUAUUUCUGUGGAAUGGAGAAGUCUUUAGUGGGAUCAAGGUUGAAGCCGAAGAGAAUGAUACUCAAAUCAUGUUUCAUUAUCUUUCCUCUUGUAAGAAUGAAUCUGAUAUUUUGUCACUCUUUUCAAAAGUCCAGGGUCCUUGGGCUUUUAUAUAUUAUCAAGCAUCUAGCCAUUCUUUAUGGUUUGGUAGGGACUUUUUUGGUCGUCGUAGCUUGCUUUGGCAUUUUAGUAACUUGGGCAAGAGUUUCUGCCUCUCUUCAGUUGGCACCCAAGCAUCUGGAGUGGCUGAUCAGUGGCAGGAAGUUCCAGCAUCUGGAAUUUUCAGAAUUGAUCUCAAGUCUGUUUCCAUUUCCCAAUCUGUUGUUUUAAAGUUGUAUCCUUGGAAAUACAAUUCUGGGGGGGAUGAUAUCAGAGAAUGUGUUAAUAGCCUGACUGAGAUUUCAGCAGCCUUGCCAACAUUUGUCUUGGUGGCAGCAAAUGAAGCCAAACUGUAUCUUAAAGAACCUGUUGUCCCUUUAAAUAUGACGUUGCCACAAGCUGCAUUUGAGACCCAUUGCAGCAGCAUUUCCAGGAGUCCGCUGACAAGAGCGACCCUUCAGGUCUUCCUUACUGAUGGACACACGAAGGAAGUAGUUCAGCAGUUCAUUGAUGUCCUGAGUAUCGCAGUCAAGAGACGUGUCUUGUGUUUACCUAGGGAUGAAAAGCUGACUCCAGGCGAAGUUUUGAAAACUAGUAAUAGGAAAGCAAAUGUUGCAGUUUUGUUUUCUGGAGGGAUUGAUUCCAUGGUCAUCGCGACGCUUGCUGACCAUCAUAUUCCUUUAGAUGAACCAAUUGAUCUUCUCAAUGUGGCUUUCAUGACUAAAGAAAAGACCAUACCAGUUAAUUUUAACAAAAAAGGGAGAAAACAGAAAAAUCAUUGUGCAAUGCCCUCUGAGGAAUUCUCCAGAAGCUCUGCUGCUGCUGCCGCCGCCAGCCCUGGGAAACAGUUCAGUGUACCAGAUCGAGUCACAGGAAGGGCGGGACUGAAGGAACUGCAAGCUGCCAGCCCUUCUCGGAUUUGGAAUUUUGUUGAAAUUAAUGUUUCUCUUGAAGAACUGCAAAGAUUAAGAAGAACUCGAAUAUCGCAGUUAAUCCAGCCCUUGGAUACAGUCCUGGAUGAUAGCAUUGGCUGUGCAGUCUGGUUUGCUUCCCGAGGAGCUGGUUGGUUAGUGACCCAGGAUGGAGCACGGCCGUAUCACAGCCGUGCAAAGGUGGUUCUCACUGGAAUGGGUGCAGAUGAGCAGCUUGCGGGUUAUUCUCGUCAUCGGGCCCGCUUCCUGACACAUGGGCUGGAAGGACUGAAUGAGGAAAUCGCAAUGGAGCUGGGUCGAAUUUCUUCUAGAAAUCUUGGUCGUGAUGAUAGAAUUAUCAGUGAUCAUGGAAAAGAAGCAAGAUUUCCUUUCUUGGAUGAAAAUGUUGUCUCCUUUCUAAAUUCCCUACCAGUCUGGGAAAAGGCAAACUUGACUUUACCCCGUGGAAUUGGUGAAAAACUAAUUUUGCGUCUUGCAGCAAUGGAACUUGGUCUAACAGCCUCUGCUCUUCUGCCAAAGCGGGCCAUGCAAUUUGGAUCCAGAAUUGCAAAAAUGGAAAAGAAUAAUGAAAAGGCAUCUGAUAAAUGUGAAAGACUCCAAAUCAUCUCCUUAGAAAACCUUUCUGUUGAAAACUAGAUGUUUCAUCAUGGUCUCCAGUGCCUAGCUCAUAACCAGCAUUCUGAAAGUGUUUAUUGAAGGAACGAAUGACGUUAGAGGAAGGAUUCCAAUUCAGGACCACCUCAGAGCCCGGCGCCUUGCCAACGCCACCUCUGCCUCUGUGCUUCCUCGGAGACAAAUUGCCAAAGUAAGAACUGAUAGAGAUGGUGGCUCAGCUGGUGAAG